UGUAGCACUCGGUUCCGGUUAAUCUCUCGCUCAAAACAUUGGCCUGCCACCGUGAAGAAGCCAUCUUUUCAAGUCCUGCUUGUCUGCGAACGAAGGCCAAGAUGGCGGUAGGCAAGAAUAAGAGACUUUCCAAGGGUAAAAAAGGAACAAAGAAGAAGAUUGUUGAUCCCUUUUCAAAAAAAGAUUGGUAUGAUGUGAAAGCACCAUCAAAUUUUGAAGUUCGCAACAUUGGAAAAACUGUUGUUACAAGAACUAUUGGAACAAAAAUUGCUUCUGAUGGAUUAAAAGGUCGUGUCUUUGAAAUGGCACAAGCUGAUCUUAACCAAGAUGAAGUUCCAUUCCGUAAGUUCAAAUUGAUCGUGGAAGAUGUGCAAGGUCGCAAUUGUAUUACAAACUUCCAUGGAAUGACCAUGACUACUGAUAGAUUAAGAUCACUUGUCAAAAAGUGGCAAACGUGCAUUGAAGCUCAUGUUGAUGUGAAAACUACAGAUGGUUAUCUGCUUCGAGUAUUUUCUAUUGGUUUUACGCGUCGCAGACCUAAUUCGUUAAAGAAGACAGCAUAUGCAAAAUCCACCCAAAUUCGUGCCAUUCGAAAAAAAAUGGUUGAUAUUAUUACCCGAGAAGUUACAACAAAAGAUUUAAAAGAAGUUGUCAGUAAGCUCAUUCCUGACAGUAUGGGUACAGAUAUUGAAAAAGCAUGCCAAGGAAUUUAUCCUCUGCAUGACUGCUACAUCCGAAAAGUUAAGUGUUUGAAGAAACCAAAAUUUGAUGUGCACAAACUAAUGGAGAUGCAUGAAGGUGGUACCACAACCACCACAUCAGGCGAAGCAGCGACCGGUGUUCCUACAGAACGUCCAGACAAUUAUGAACCACCAGUUGUAGAUUCUGUCUAGAUGAAAUAAUACCAUUAUAAUUCAAUUGA